AUGAGGCGCAAUGCAGCACAAAACCUUGCUGGGAAUGGUGCAAAUGAUCAGUCUAGUAACGAAGAUGGUAUUGCAUCCUCAAAUUUCAAUAAUAUACUGCACGUCUCCGGCUUUCCGAACUUGAUUGAGCCUCGCGACCACGUCCCUUCAGAUAUAUAUUGUCGUAUUCUAUCGAUGGCAGGAAAUGGGUUUCCAUUUUGGCCAGGUUCCGCUCCGAUGCUAGGAGAACCAUACUCCCAGCGAACAAUUGAGGUUGGAGAUGUUGGAUUUUUAAACGGGAUGGGCAACUUCAUGUUUGAAUUCAAUCUUUUCCUCCCCUCUGACGAUCCCUUGAACCAAUUGAACGGCUACAAUGUGCCACAAGGGUAUGUCCCAUUAGAUCCUCCUUAUGAUUCGGAAAUUUCCAAAGUUCCAGCGUAUUAUUCGCCUGGAUCUGUCAUUGUGACUAAAGGCGUAGACGUUCAUCGACUUGGUGAAAACCCUCUUCGCAUCGAAUUUACGUCUUCGGAACCAGAGGCGGCUGCACUUGUUCUCCCUGAUGGUGCCAGAAGAGAAGAUUUGGCAACAUCCCGUAUACAGGAAUAUUUGAAGGAACACGCUGAAAACUGGAUACAAUUCUUCACCAACAAAAGCUAUUAUAAUCCAAUUCCAAAUGGUGGUAUAUAUGUUAUUACUGGCUUCGACAAGGCAGUAUCGUACUCAGCAUUUAGCUUUCCCGGACGAGAUUGUGUGGCCAACAGACGUAUAUCUGUUGAAUAUGCAGGCAGAUUUUUAUAUCACGACCGCAAAACGGGUAUCGCCUCUUACAACUGGAAACCUGGACUCUCCGACCCAGAGUGGAACCUGCGAACUGACGAAGUGCACCCCAAUCAAACCCCCGUUUCGGUGUUGCCUCCAACUCCUCCCAUAUCCGACCAUGUUCUGCCUGCAAAACAAGACCCCAAACAGCCUAUUCCACCUUGCAGCGUCAACCAUCGUGAUGACUUGGGUACCGAUAGCGAUGACGAUGAAAGUAGCAAUGACGAUGAAAGUAGCGAUGACGAUGAAAGUAGCGAUGACGAUGAAAGUAGCGAUGACGAUGAAGGUAGCGAUGACGAUGAAAGUCGAGCUUCAGGUUUCGUGGUAGAUCCCACUGUCCAAGUCCGGAAUUGGUCAUUUCACCCAUCAGACUUGAUUCUCCAAAUAAUGCUUUCUAAGUACCCUGAAGCUAAAGUUGCUUUUGUUGAUGAUUACAUAUGGUCGCAAUGUUUGAAGAUUGAUAAACCGAUAGAUUGCUUCCAGGACUCCAACGACCCGUUGACUUUUAGAUGUUUACAGGGAGGUUUCGUUUUGGAUUGGGGAGCCCUAUUGGAAAACGUCUUCAACUCAUACAGAAUUGUUGAGACAGAUGGGAUUCUAUCUCUUACUCCACAACCGAAAAAAAGAAUUUCCUGGAUCUGGUGGCUUCGCAGUUUACGAAACCGACUAAAGCCAAAGCGACUUGCAGUGAAACCAGCUUGGGGUCAGAAUCUCAUCCUGGAUUUGAUUCGUCAGGGUGAAGCCAUUAAAGCACCAGACGAGAUGUUUGGCAUUGAUUACUUCUACUAG